CUUCCGUUGCAAUUCGGAACUUUGCUGCUGAGCUUUUCCUUGUGCGUGUUUGUUCGCAAUUUUUUUAAGUUGUUCGCAGUAAACGUUGUAAGAAGAUACUCAUGUCGUCGGACGCCCAGAAGAAACGGAAAUCUAAGGUCCUCCGCACUGAAGGAGGAACCCCGGAGAUGAAGCGCGGUCGCGGAGAAGGAGACCAGCAGGAUGUGCGUGUGUACAGUGAGGAGGUGGAGCUGGACAGUAGAGACCCUGAGGAGGACUAUGUUCAGUACAAAGAGUCGUGUGAGAAUCUGGCCACUCUCAUGAGUGAGAUCCAGGAGCUUAAAGCCAGCGGAGCCAAGGAAGGGAGUGUGGAGAUCGAGCAGAGACGUAUGCAGAGCUGUAUCCACUUCAUGAAUCUGAAGAAACUCAAUCGUUUGGCUCACAUGCGACUGAAGAGAGGCAGAGACCAGACUCAUGAGGCAAAACAGAGAGUCGACGUGCUCCAUCUGCAGUUACAAAACCUGCUUUAUGAAGUUAUGCAUCUCCAGAAGGAGAUCAGCAAGUGCCUGGAGUUCAAGUCGAAGCAUGAAGAAAUAGACUUGGUGAGUGAAGAAGAAUUUUACGAGGAAGCACCGCAGGACAUCUCCAGGCCUCACCUGACAAAAAAUGAUCCCCACCAGCUCACGCUGGCUCGGCUGGACUGGGAGCUCGAACAGAGGAAAAGACUGGCGGAGAAAUACAAAGACUCACUGGCAUCAAAAGAAACUAUUCAGAAAAGCAUCGAAGUGAAAAAGGAGCAUCUGACAAGCUUGCAGCCAGGAUUGAACGCCAUCAUGCAGGCUUCUCUACCGGUGCAGGAGUUCCUGUCGAUGCCUUUCGAACAGACUCAGAAGCAGACUGAGAUUGCCCGCCAUCUGCCUCCCCCUCUCUAUGUUCUGUUUGUUCAGGCUAAUGCAUAUGGCCAGGCCUGUGACAAGAACCUGAAUGUCUCCAUCAGUGGGGACGUGGAUGAAGCCAAAGCUCUGUCCAAGCCUCCGGAAGAUUCGCAGGAUGAUGAGAGUGACUCAGAUGCUGAGGAGGAGCAAGAGAAAACGAAGAGAAGACGACCAACCACAGGCGGCCAGCUGGAUGACAAAAGGAGGGAGAUGCUGAAAAGGCAUCCUCUGUCUCUUUGCUUGGACCUGAAGUGCAAAGACGGCAGCGUCCUGCACCUCUUCUUCUAUUACCUGAUGAAUCUGAACAUCAUGACGGUCAAGACUAAGGUCUCCACCUCCACCGACCUCAGCACCGCCAUCAGUGCAGGGGACCUGCUGAAAGCAGACACUCUGCUCAGCUGCCUCUACACCGGCGACCACGGGCGAGAAACGCCCAAUCCGGCCAAUCGCUACCAGUUUGAUAAAGUGGGGAUUGUUACCUUUGCGGACUACGUGGAGGAGCUGGGCCAUCCCUACAUGUGGGUUCAGAACCUUGGAGGACUUCAUUUUCCCAGUGACUCUUCAGAGGGCGUGCAGGUGGGCAGCUCCCUGAGUGCCAGCCACAUGGAGAACACCAUGAAGUUGCUGAGGGGUCGAGUCCAGUCCCGCCUGGCUCUCCACAAACAGUUUCCCUCUUUAGAGCACAGCAUCAUCCCUGUAUCCAGUGAGUCUCAGCAUCUCUUUCCUGCCAAGAUCCUGUCCCGGUUAGCUCGCUGGAUCACCAUCAGUCACCAGGAGUACAUGGAUCUAGCUUAUACACGUCAUGUGACUGACGCUGGGCUGGCCAAAGAGACUGAUUUGUACUUUAUGGCCGUGGUUGAAAGAGGAACAGCUCGCCUCCACGCUGCAGUGGUGCUCAGUCCUCGUUAUCCGGAGAUCUCUCCCCUCUUCUCCCUCUCUCUGAGCUGGAAGGGAGAGCGCAGCGGACGCACUGACGACAACCUCCGAGCCAUGGAGAGUGAAGUCAAUGUGUUCAAGAACGAGCUGCAGGGACCUCGUCCAGGAUACCAGCUGCUCACCAACCAGAUCGCACGUCUCUGUGUCUGCCUGGACGUGUAUCUGGAGACUGAAGGACAGGACGACAGUGUGGAGGGGCCACGAGAGUUUCCCCGUGAAAAGAUGUGUUUGCGCACUGUCAGGGGUCCAAAUCGUCUGAAGCCCUUCAAGUACAACCAUCCGCAGGGUUUCUUCAGUCACCGUUGAUGUUUUUAUACCAAACUUGUACUGUAGUUUCCAGCUGUAAACCCCUCAAGUCUAGCUUUCUGUCUCUCUGACACAUACUAUGGUUUUUACGUCUUUGUAUUAGUGGGGGAAUAAAAGAACGCUUUAUUUC